AUGCCUCGACGAGUUCGUCCUCUUCAUUAUGAUAGUGUCAAGCCAUUCUUCCUUUGGUGCAUGCAUUCCGAUCACCCAUUCGAAAUUGACUGUCACUUUGACGGGAAAAGUCUUUGUCGCCAAUGCUCGGGCAACAAAGUGGCAUGCAAUUCAGUGGCACCAGGCAUGUUAGGAAAUGGAUGGGAUUACUCCCAAAUUCUCCGAUGGGCCACUAGCUUUUGGGACAUGCGCGAGGACGACGAGGAUGAGAAUGAGUGGCCAGAGAAGGUUCGCUUAAAUGUCGCCAGGGCUCUGAAUGAUUUAAACAUUGCGUUUGACAAGACUGAGAUGGUUCAUCGGCGUGCACAUGCUCUGACAAGCAAUGAAUAUGAGAUUAAGGUGACUUACCGAACUUUUGUCGAGCAACGCCGCCAGCUGCUUGUGCAACUGCCUGUUCCCGACAAAGAUGCCGAGGAGGAUGAGUGGGAAUGUUAUAGGUCGUCGAAGCUCUUGCGUCUUUUGCCUGGCGACCCUGGGUAUGUUUUAUGGAUGGUGGCGAUUCGGGUAUUUACGCGGGCAAUCGAAGGUGCUAUGACCUGUUGCGCUGUCCUCCGUGGCUUAGACGAGGUCGAGGGACGCGAGAUGGUGGAUAAAGCACUGCAAUCGUUCCCUGUUAUGUGCGGGGAGAUCUAA